AUGUCAGUAAGAGGCCGAAUCCAGUGUGCAGGACAGUGUAUGCAUAAUCCAACAUGUAAAACAGCAACAUUUGAUCAAAUAAAUAGUCUCUGUACUCUAUUUGAUGACUUUGAAAAUAUUGGACAACUUAUACAAGACAAUGGAAUAGUUACAUUUGUACGUAAAGUUAAUCCAUUUUCCAUCGGUUGGAACUCAACAGGAAUCACUGUAGCGGGAGUAACAGGUGUUGCAGGUAUCGCAGCGAAUCAAUUCAAUCAUCCGUAUUGUGUAGUAUUAGAUUCGUCGAAUACACUUUAUGUUAGCGAUCAAGUAAACCAACGAGUGCAGAAAUGGUUGUCAAAUGCAUCAUCCGCCACAACAGUGGCAGGACAAUCGAAUGCAAUGGCUGGUUCGGCUAUGGAUUACUUAAACUAUGCGAGUGACCUGAUAAUUGACUCGAAUGGCAAUCUGUACAUUGUAGAUGCGGGAAACAAUCGAGUGGUAGUUUGGAAUAAUGGAUCAUCGUCAGGACUGAUACUAGCUGGUACUGGUAUACCCGUCAACACUGCCAGUCAACUUUCAGGCCCAAUAAGUAUUGAACGUGAUUCAAGUUCAGGCACGCUUUACAUAUCUGAUACUAAUAAUCAUCGUGUCGUGGAGUACAUAGUAAAUGCAUCAUUCGGAACUGUCGUUGCGGGCGGAAAUGGAGGCGGAACGGGCAUCACACAGUUAUAUAAUCCACGAGGUCUGUACUUUGAUUUAUCGACAAACAGUCUUCUCAUUGCAAAUAAUCAUGCUCACAAUAUUGUUCGAUGGGUCUUAGGUGCCAGCAGCUGGACACUGAUCAUCGGCAGCGCUAGUGGUACAGCAGGCAUCACUUCAACAAUGUUGAAUUAUCCUACACAUAUAGUACUAGAUUCACUGGGUAACAUGUAUGUCUCUGAUGAAGGUAAUCAUCGUAUACAAUUUUUCUUGACCGGCCAGUCGAAUGGCACAACCAUUGCCGGGAUGACAGGCACACCAGGAAAUACUUCGCAAUUACUCUAUACACCUUCAUCGGUGGCAGUCGACAGUCAAUUCAACAUAUAUGUUACUGACUACAACAAUCACCGUGUACAAAAAUUUUUACAUUAUUAA